AUGCAGUCACUGGCGUUCAAGGACUUCGGGGAAUCUCUAAAGGGGGAGGUCAUAAUUGUCCAGUAUUACAACAACAAAGAUCUUUCCGACGCAGUGAUCCGAUGUGAGGGGAAAGACUUUGCGGUUCAUAAACUUGUCCUUUUCAGCCAUUCUCAGUAUUUUGCCGAGCAGCUCGAUGGUCUAUCGGAGGAAAAAUCCGACAAAGCUAUAAACAUCGAUGACUUCGAGAUUGAUGUUGUGGAAGCAAUGGUACAGUUCAUGUACCACUUCGAUUACAAAACUCCCGAAGAUUCCACGUCUUUGAUACUCAACACCAAAGUCUAUCAAAUUGCGGACAAAUUUGGCAUCAAGUCCUUGAAAGAGCAGGCAGCUAGAAAAUUCGGUCACGCGGCCAAUUUCUAUUUGGCAUCCAAUGAAUUCCCAGUCGCUGUUACCUUGGCAUGUAAAAUUACACCUCCAACUGACAUGGGACUGCGGAAUGCUAUUUUGGUCGCUAUAUUCGAUAACUUCGACGAGAUUAUGGGUCGUAGUGAAUUCCGCGAAGUUUUGAAGACGAAUCCGGAAUUUGCGAAUGAUCUGGCUCGAUUUCUGUUCGAAAAGACGCGGGGUAUCAAUCGAUUCAAAUGCCCUAACUGCGUGCGAUAUUUUCAUUUUGGAUGUAUGGACCAAAAUAUGAAAUAUUGUCCAUUGUGUCAUCAUUAUCUUGGCUUCUGGUAUUCCGCGCCAGACUGUUGA